AUGCCUCAAAACGGGAGCGACCGUAGGAACGGGCACCCGUGUGAGGAGCGCAGCGGUGCAGGUAACCUGCCUGCAGCCAAAAUCCAGAACCGGUUUGACGCCGAGGGGCAUGCACAGCGCUGUUUGUCAGCCCGGGCCGGGGGGCAGCACCCCGGUGACAGCGGUGGUGACCGUGACUGCUGCCAGAAUUGCCUCCUCAUAGAAAGCGGCCUCACAACAGGGCGGGUUCUUGUUUGCCGCUCAAAAGUGACGUCUCUUCCUAUCUUUGGUCAGGCUUCCCUGGUUCAUGAGCGCUGCUCCCAGCGACAGCCGGCGGUGGCUCCCUGGCGCAGAGCGUACCCCGCGUACAGCCAGCGGUACUCAGAAAUUAAUCCCAUAGCUUGCCCUGAGAACACAGAUGAUGGCACAUCUCUGAGGACACCCGCAGCAGAAGCCAAAUGCUCCUCCGUACAGGCAGAAGGAGUUUUGCUGCUACGUACAGAUGACCAAGCCACCCUAGUAGAGCAAGUGAAACGAGUAAAAGAAAUUGAAGCUAUUGAAAGUGACUCCUUUGUUCCACAGACCUUCAGAUCAAGUAAAGAAGUCAAAAAGUCGAUAGAGCCCACUGAGCUACAGUACGAACCGGUAACUGUCGGAGCAGCAACUGUGGAUACAUCUGCUCCUGAAAAAGAACCACCGCCUGCCAAUAUUCCUACUGCCAUCAAAUACCAAGAUGAUAAUUCUUUAGCGCAUCCCAAUCUGUUCAUCGAGAAGGCGGAAGCAGAAGAGAAGUGGUUUCAGAGGCUGGUUGCUCUUCGGCAGGAAAGGCUGAUGGGCAGUCCGGUGGCCUGAGCGAACUGUGGUGACCACCACGUACCAGUUCUCCACGAAUGCUAAGAAAUCCUGCCAUGAAAUUGUUUGAUUUUUCUCUUUGGAGGGGAUUUUAAUACUCAGUAUGAGUUGUACAGAGAAGAGGUAUUUCACCUGAAUA